CCCCGUUUCUUAUAUGCGUGAAGCCGCUCUGUUCUUCGUCCAUUGAUUUCGCAGAAGCUUAUCUCCCGUCUUGAUUCCGAUCUCCAGCGCGGGGCAAUCUCUACCCCACCAUACCGAGUAAACACCAAGCAAAACCCAACUUCCAACCCUCCUUGAUCUUCAACCCUCUCAUCAGAACCUCGCCCAAUCUUUCAAAAUGAGCAAGCCUCAGGUUCUCCUCCUGGGAGAAAUCGAGCAUGCGCACAAAGAAUGGGCUGCCAUCUCCGAGAUCGCCGAUGUUAUCGAGCCCAAAGCUCGGUCGCGCGCGGAAUUCAUAGAAGAAUGCAAGUCUGGCGCUUUCGACAAGGUGCUCGUUGCGUACCGGACCUUCCAGAGCGUAGCCAUCACGGGAAUGAUUGACGAGGAACUCGUGCCCCACUUACCCAAGAGUUUGAAAUUCAUAGCUCAUAAUGGGGCAGGAUAUGAUCAGAUUGAUGUGCACGCCUGCACAGCUCACGAUAUCCGGGUUUCUAAUGUGCCAACUGCUGUGGAUGAUGCUACGGCUGAUGUCAACAUGUUUCUCAUCCUGGGAGCUCUACGGGGGUUCAACACAUCAAUGAUGGCUCUCCGCAAUGGCCAUUGGAAGGGAUCCCCACCACCGCCUUUGGGGCAUGACCCGCAGGGCAAGGUCCUAGGCAUCUUGGGUAUGGGAGGCAUCGGGCGGAACCUCAUGAAGAAGGCCGCUGCAUUUGGCAUGACGACCCAAUACCACAACCGAUCUAAACUAUCUGACGAGUUGAGCGGCGGUGCAAAAUACGUUAGUUUUGAUGAGCUGUUGAAGACCAGUGAUGUCCUCUCACUAAACCUUCCCUUGAACAAAAACACCCACCACAUAAUCAGCACCAAAGAAUUCGAGAAGAUGAAGAAAGGUGUCGUGAUUGUCAACACCGCCCGCGGCGCUGUCAUGGACGAAGACGCCCUCGUCAAAGCCCUAGACAGCGGCCACGUCCUCUCCUGCGGCCUUGACGUCUUCGAAGAGGAGCCCAAGGUCCACCCCGGCUUGAUCGCCAACCCACACGUGAUGCUCGUCCCGCACAUGGGCACAUGGACGGUCGAGACGCAGACCAAGAUGGAGGUGUGGUGUAUCGGGAACGUGCGGAGUGCCAUCGAGGCCGGGAAGCUGACGAGCCCCGUUGCUGAGCAGAAGGAUAUUAUAUUCCAAGGAUAG